GCGUAUUUUGCGUCUCGCCCUGCAUCAAUGGCGUCCUCGUGUGUGUGUGUAUAUAAAGGGUGCGCCUGCGACGAAGGCUACCUCAGGCCAGCAGAAAGAGUAUACGUAGAGCUAGCGCGAGCUAGAUUGCGAGUCGUAGGAGCCAUCGAGCUCGUUGGCCGUCGACGAGUCGAUAAGCUAGUAGCAACAAGGUAAGCUAGCUAGGUUGUUCCGAUCCAUGGCGAACGAGGGUCUGAAGCCGGUGGCCGGGCUCCUCCUGGUGCUCAACUUGUGCAUGUACGUCAUCGUGGCGGCGGUCGGCGGGUGGGCCAUCAACCACGCCAUCAACUACGGCUUCUUCAUCGGCUCCGGGCUGCAGCUGCCGGCGCACUUCUCCCCGAUCUACUUCCCCAUCGGCAACGCGGCGACCGGGUUCUUCGUCAUCUUCGCCGUCAUCGCCGGGGUCGUGGGCGCCGCCGCCGCGCUCGCUGGGUUCCACCACGUCCGCGCCUGGAGCUCCGAGAGCCUGCCGGCGGCGGCGUCCUCCGGGUUCAUCGCCUGGACGCUCACCCUGCUCGCCAUGGGACUGGCCGUCAAGGAGAUUGAGCUGCACGGCAGGAACUCCAGGCUGAUCUGCAUGGAGUCCUUCACCAUCAUCCUGUCGGCGACGCAGCUCCUGUACCUGCUCGCCAUACACGGAGGGAGGUGAAGGCGAGCCUGAGAUCGACCGAUCGGGUCGUACUGGCUGCCGAGAGAAGGACACUGAAGAUUGGUUGGGCGUCGAAUCGAGAGGUGACGAUGCAUUGGUUUCAUCGGCCUGCUGUGGGUUUCUUCCGACUUCCGAGAUGGAGAGGCAGAACGUACGUGUGUGUGUGUGUGUGUGUGUGUGUGUGUGUGUGUGUGUGUGUGUGUGUGUGUGUGUGUGUGUGUGUGUGUGUGUGUGUGUGUGCGCGUGUGUUAAUUAUACUUACGGCAUGUGUCGGGGGUUGAUGAAUCGAGUGGUGUGGUGUGUCAACGAUGGUGGGUUCGAUUGGCUCCGCGUGAUCCGUCGAUUUGUUUCCGAGAUGGAGGGGGCAAGUAUGUGACCGAGUAUUAUUACGUGUAGCUGUUUGCUGAUUUGAUCAAUGUCAUGAUGUGAUGAAAUGUUUAUUUGAUUGCU